AUGAGGUGCAAUCAUCAUGUUCGUUUGAAUUGUGGCAUUACAAUGCCCCUCAUUGGAUUUGGCACUUAUUCAUAUCCAAAUGAUCACAAGACAACACAAAUUGCUGUCCACAAUGCCCUUGAGUUGGGUUAUAGGCAUUUUGAUACAGCAAAAAUUUAUGGUUCUGAGCCAGCAUUGGGCAAAGCCUUAAACAAGGCAAUUUAUAUGGGAGAAGUAGAGAGGGAAGAGAUUUUCUUGACAUCCAAAUUGUGGGGAAGUGAUCACCAUGAUCCUGUAUCCGCAUUGAAACGAACUCUAAAGAAUCUGGACAUGGAAUAUCUGGAUAUGUAUCUAGUGCACUGGCCAGUGAAGUUAAAACCAUGGGUUAACUAUCCUGUUCCUAAUGAAGAUGACUUUGAAAAUUUGGAUCUUGAAACAACAUGGGCAGGGAUGGAAAAAUGUCUUGAAAUGGGACUUUGUAGGUCCAUUGGUGUUAGUAAUUUCUCUAGCAGCAAGAUUGAAUGGCUAUUAGAUUUUGCUAAUAUAUCCCCAGCUGUUAACCAGGUGGAAAUGCAUCCAAUGUGGAGGCAGAGAAAGCUAAGAAAGACAUGUGGAAAGCAUAACAUCCAUGUAAGUGCUUAUUCACCACUUGGUGGACCAGGAAAUGCAUGGGGAUCUACAGCUGUUGUUAAUCAUCCAAUUAUACAAUCAAUUGCCUUCAAACACAAUGCAACUCCACCACAGGUUGCAUUGAAAUGGGGGCUAUUAAAUGGGUCAAGUGUGAUUGUGAAGAGCUUCAAUGAUGAAAGAAUGGAGGAAAAUAUAGGAUCAUUUGAUCUAAAUUUGGAUGAUGAAGAUAUGUUAGAGAUUGAGAAAAUGGAAGAAAUGAAGAUAAUGAGAGGGGAAUUUCAUGUCAAUGAAACCACAAGUCCCUACAAAACAAUUGAACAACUUUGGGAUGAUGAAAUUUGA